AUAUAAUAAAUUUUCAUAUUUUUAAACAUUGCGUUUAAUUUUUGACCAACAAAUUUAUAAGAUAAAACUUGCGGUUUUAAUGUUUAUUACUUCAAAAUAAAGUCAAAAACUGUGCCAUUUAAUUGUGACACAGUUGAAUUUGUCAAAUAUUUACUCGUUAUUAUUAUUACUUUACUCAUUUUUAUAAGUAUUAAUAAUUAAAAAGACUUAAAUUAUAAAAAAAAUGCCAUUAAUACGACGAGCAUCACAUGCAGGCAACUGGUACACGGAUAAUUGGACCGAAUUAGAUCAACAAUUACAAGAAUGGUUGUCAAAAGCAGAAUAUCGACACGGACCAGCUCGAGCUGUUAUUGUACCGCAUGCUGGAUAUAGUUACAGUGGUCCAACAGCAGGUCAUGGAUAUCGUCAAAUAGAUCCAAAGAAUGUAAAACGAAUUUUUAUUUUGGGUCCAUCCCAUUUUGUACGGGUUAAUUCUGGCUGUGCUCUAACCAAAACCGCUCAAUAUGAAACCCCUUUAUACAAUUUAAAUAUCGAUGAAGAAAUUAAUAAGCGAUUAGAAGCAACUGGUCAAUUUGAGAGAAUGAGUCAAGAUACGGAUGAAAAUGAACAUAGCAUUGAAAUGCAAUUGCCUUAUUUAGCGAAGGUUAUGGAAAAUUAUAGAAAUCAAUUUACAAUUAUUCCCGUAUUAGUUGGAUCGAUUAAUUCUAUGGAACAAUAUAAAUAUGGAGAUAUUUUUGCGCCAUACUUAAACGAUCCACAAAAUUUAUUUGUUAUAUCUUCCGAUUUCUGUCAUUGGGGUCGUAGAUUUAGAUAUACGUAUUUUGAUAAAAGUAAAGGUGAAAUUUAUAAAUCAAUCGAACAUUUAGAUAAAAUGGGUAUGAAUAUUAUCGAAGAAUUAAAUGCGUACGAUUAUGAAAAAUAUUUAAAUAGUUAUGGUAAUACAAUUUGUGGACGUAAUCCAAUCGGGGUAUUAUUGUAUGCUAUCCAAAAAUUACUCAAUAUAAACAAUGGAUUGCAUUUAGAAUUAAAAUUCUUAAAAUAUGCCCAAUCAAGUCAGUGUCGUACUAUGGACGAUUCAUCGGUCAGUUACGCUACUGCAUCUGUUGUUAUCCAAUAAACACAAACUGAUAUUAAUUGUUACAAAAAUUCGAUUUUUUUGUAUUUCCAGUGUUUCAAUA